AUGCGAAUCCGUCUGAAUGUCUUGUUGAGCCAGAGACAAUUUUUUUGUAAUAGUUCUCCCCAGCUACAUUCGGGUACCAUGGCAAGCAGCUCAACAACCAACCUAUCCCCUCAAGAGGAAGCAAAACGGCUAGCGGCAUACUCGGCGGGAGAAAAAUACCUCAUCUCGGGCGCUCGGAUCGGCGUCGGAUCUGGCUCGACCGUCAAAUAUCUCGUCGACUACAUGCGUGAUGCUUUCAAAAACGGCAACCUCAUGGAUAUCAAAUGUGUGCCCACAUCUUCAAUGACGAAAAGAUGGCUCGUCGAUGCUGGGCUGCCCGUUACGGAGCUCGGCAUCGUGUCACACUUGGAUAUUUGUAUAGACGGCGCCGAUGAGGUUGAUGACGAAUAUACGCUAAUCAAGGGCGGCGGAGGGUGCCUCUUCCAAGAAAAAGUCGUACAGAAAUCCUCCUCGCGAUUUAUUAUCAUUGCCGACUCCUCGAAGCAAUCAAAGAAACUGGGGGAACAUUACGCGAAAGUGCCGAUUGACGUAAUCCCGUUCGGCCAUGAGACGCUACUGCAAAAUCUCUCUUCGAAACUUGGCGGAAAGUUCAGUGUGCGAUCGGGCAGCGGCAAAAUGGGCCCCGUCAUUACCGACAAUGGUUGCUACAUCGUUGACUGGGAAUUCCCAAAAGAUAAGCUGAUCAACUGGCCGGAAGCUCAUGCAACCCUCAAGGGAUUUACUGGCGUUGUCGAAACCGGGCUCUUCUUCAACUGCGUUGAAAGUGUCAUCUUCGCCUAUCCAGAUGGAUCGAUCAAGGAAUUCGGACCGAAGAUCGUC